CAAGCCAUGGCGCUGGGGCUGCAGCGCGCAAGGUCGAGCACCGAGCUGCGCAAGGAGAAAUCCCGGGACGCAGCUCGCAGCCGGCGCAGCCAGGAGACCGAGGUGCUGUACCAGCUGGCGCACACGCUGCCCUUCGCGCGCGGGGUCAGCGCCCACUUGGACAAGGCCUCCAUCAUGCGUCUUACCAUCAGCUACCUACGCAUGCACCGCCUGUGCAGCGCAGGGGAGUGGAACCAGGUGGGAGCAGGGGGAGAAGCGCUGGAUGCCUGCUACCUGAAGGCCUUGGAGGGCUUCGUCAUGGUGCUCACGGCCGAGGGAGACAUGGCUUACCUGUCGGAGAAUGUCAGCAAACACCUGGGCCUCAGUCAGCUUGAACUCAUUGGACACAGUAUCUUUGACUUCAUCCAUCCCUGUGACCAAGAGGAGCUCCAGGACGCCCUGACCCCCAGGCAGAGCCUGUCCAAGAAGAAGCCUGAGGCCGCCACCGAGCGCUGCUUCUCCUUGCGCAUGAAGAGCACCCUCACCAGCAGAGGGCGCACCCUCAACCUCAAAGCGGCCACCUGGAAGGUGCUGCACUGCUCCGGGCACAUGAGGGUCUACAAGCCCCCUGCACAGACCUCCCCAGCUGGGACCCCCCACCUGGAGCCCCCACUACAGUGCCUGGUGCUCAUCUGUGAAGCCAUCCCCCACCCGGGCAGCCUGGAGCCCCCACUGGGCCGUGGGGCCUUCCUCAGCCGCCACAGCCUGGACAUGAAGUUCACCUACUGUGACGAGAGGAUUGCAGAGGUUGCCGGCUACAGCCCCGAGGACCUGAUUGGCUGCUCGGCCUAUGAGUACAUCCAUGCGCUGGACGCCGACGUGGUCAGCAAGAGUAUCCACACCUUGCUGAGCAAGGGCCAGGCAGUGACAGGACAGUACCGCUUCCUGGCCCGGAGUGGUGGCUACCUGUGGACCCAGACCCAGGCCACCGUGGUGUCAGGGGGCCGGGGCCCCCAGUCUGAAAGCAUCGUCUGCAUUCACUUCCUCAUCAGCCGGGUAGAAGAGACUGGAGUGGUGUUAUCGCUGGAGCAGACGGAGAGACACUCUCGCAGACCCCCUCAGCAGGCCACCGGCUCUCAGAAGAAUGCCUUGCGCCCUGGGGACAGCCUCGACACCCCCAGUGCCCGGAUCCUGGCCUUCCUGCACCCCCCUGCCCUGAGCGAGGCUGCCCUGGCCGCUGACCCACGCCGUUUCUGUAGCCCUGACCUCCGCCACCUCCUAGCGCCCAUUCUGGAUGGGGCUUCAACAGCCACCACCCCCAGUGCACCCCCAGCCGUGCAGCGCCCCCAAAGUCCUCUUCCAGCUGAUCUCCCCAAUGAAUUCCUCGUGGAUGUGGAAAAUUCACACAGACUCUUUGCUUCUGGGAAAGAUCUCAAGGCAGUGGAGACAGACGUAGACAUAGCUCAGGACGUCAAUGCUCUGGAUCUGGAGAUGCUGGCCCCUUACAUCUCCAUGGAUGAUGACUUCCAGCUCAGCUCCAGCGAGCAGCUACCCAGGGCCCACCACAGACCUCCCGGCGCUGUCCCCCGGCCCCGCGCUCGGAGCUUCCAUGGCCUGUCACCCCCGACCCCUGAGCCCUCUCUGCUGCCCCGCUGGGGGAGUGACCCCCGCCUGAAUUGCUCCAGCCCGUCCAGAGGGGACCCCUCAGCACCUUCCUCCACAGCUGGAGCUCGGAAGAGGUCCCUGGUCCGGAGCCCAGAGGAUGAGGGCGAAGGGGUGGAGCUUCUAGGAGUGAGACCCCCCAAGUGCCUCCCCUGCUCACAGCCUGAACACUUUCUGCUGCCUCCCCUCAACCUGGUACGUGUGGGCAUUGGUGGGAUUCUCUCACCCUCAGAAUUGGAAAAAAAAAGGUUUAAACUUAUAUUCUAG